AUGGCGACCAAACUGGCGUCUCGGAAAGCGCGGUCGACCACCUGCCAGUUCGGGGUCGACGGCGGGGUCCUGUACGUGCCGGCGGGCCGGCGGUUGAUGUUGACUGGGAGGCCGUUAAAUCUGACGACGCAUUUCACGCUGUUUUCUUGCAGCCGUGACGCCGUCAUCCUCGCGUCUCAGGACAUUAACGAAUGGCCAGUGAUCGAUCCUCUGCCUUCAUACGGCAGAGGAAGAGAUGGACCGGGAGGAAGAUACAGCAGCCUCAUCGGAGGAUCGAACCUCACCGAUGUCAUCAUCACGGGGAACAAUGGAACAGUUGAUGGACAAGGAUCGUUCUGGUGGCAGAAAUUUCACAGCAAGAAACUCAAAUACACUCGAGGAUAUUUGGUUGAACUAAUGUACUCCAGUGAGAUUACGAUAUCCAACCUCACUUUCGUUAAUUCUCCUGCUUGGAACAUUCAUCCGGUGUACAGCAGCAACAUUAUAGUCUCGGGCAUCACGAUUCUGGCACCAACACGUUCUCCAAACACAGACGGGAUAAAUCCAGACUCAUGCUCCAACGUCCGAAUCGAAGACUGCUACAUAGUCUCCGGGGACGACUGCGUCGCCAUAAAGAGCGGCUGGGAUGAGUACGGCAUCUCCGUCGGAAUACCGAGCGACACAUCAUCAUCNAUCGCCCUUGGCAGCGAGAUGUCCGGCGGUAUUCAAGACGUCCGAGCCGAGGACAUAACCGCCAUCGACACCGAAUCCGCUGUCCGCAUCAAAACCGCCGUAGGCCGAGGCGCCUUCGUCAAAAACAUCUUCAUCAAGGGAAUGCAACUCCACACGAUGAAAUGGGUGUUCUGGAUGACCGGCAACUAUAAAUCCCAUCCAGAUGAUAAAUACGAUCUUAAUGCGAUGCCGAUUAUUGCGAAUAUCAGUUACAGGGACGUCGUUGCUGAGAAUGUGUCGAUGGCCGCGAGGUUGGAGGGGAUAGCGAACGAUACGUUUUCGGGGAUUUGCAUGUCGAAUGUAACGGUGAGGACGGCGGUGAAGGCGAAGAAAGUACAGUGGUUUUGUGAGAAUGUUGAAGGGGUUUCGAGUACCGUGUCUCCGACGCCGUGCGAGGAGUUGGGAGGUGGAGGGCUUGGAGGAGGAGAGUGUCCGUUUCGUGAGGAUAGGUUGCCCAUUGAUGAUGUCGUGUUCAAGGAGUGCUCAUAUACAAGUAGCGCUUGAAGUUUGGAUGAUAACUCUCUGAGUUUGUGUGAUGUUUGUGUGAUGUUUGUGUAAAACCAAGUUAUGGGAAUUUUCUUGCUGAUCAAUACAAGUGCACUGCGAGAUCAUACCCCACGCCAGGAAUGUAACAGGGUUUAAGUUGCAUAUAGAUCCAUGUAGUAUGGUUGUGUAAACCAAGUUAUGGGAAUUUUCUUGCUGAUCAAUACAAGUGCACUGCGAGAUCAUACCCCACGCCAGGAAUGUAACAGGGUUUAAGUUGCAUAUAGAUCCAUGUAGUAUGGUUGUUUUGAACUUACUACCUCUUUAGUUUUA